GGCGGCUUCUCUUCUUAUGGUGUCGCUUCCUUCCUUGAAGCUUCAGAUGCAUCAGAGGAGAGGAGAGGAGAGCAAAGCGCGGCACACCUCACAGCUUCACUGCUGCGCUGUGAGCCAAACCCGCAGCUGCCUGACCCUGUCUGCGGCCCCACAGACGCACUCAGAUCAAACAUGUGAAGGAUGGGAACUGCGGUGUCCAAAAGGAAGAACCUGAGGAGUGACGCGAUUUCUUCCGUGGCCGCAAAAGUUCGAGCAGCCAGAGCAUUCGGAGAAUAUCUGUCCAACACAAACCCAGAGAACCGCAACGGAGCAGAUCAUCUUCUGUCUGAAACGUUCCCCGGUCAGGACUGUGACUCUCCGGAUGUCGGCCGUUUGCAUAACAACAAUCUGCCGCCGCGCAGCAACACAUUGCCUAUAACUAAACCCAGUCGAUCACACCAGCCCCAUCCCAGGGCAAAUCUGCAGUCGCCCCCACAGGUCGACACCCUCAAAGCUCAAGGACCCUCAGGGCCCUCAAAACGUAGACUCUCUGUCGAGCGAAGCCUCUCCUCAGAGGACCCACCAAGUACCAGAGGCUCCGAGGGGAGCGCUGCUCUGAAGCCACCCAGGGUGUAUACAAUAACGAUAGAAGGCGGGAUGACUCUUGGGGGGCCCGGAAGCGAGGAGACCGUGGAGUUGGAGGUACUGAAGGGCCCCCGGGAGCACCCGGGCUCCCAAACCUCCAACCCUGCCAUCUACAACCUGUCCUGCACCAGCCAGCCAGCAGCUGCAGCCCCCCGAAGUAGCCACCACCGCAGUAGCCAUCAUCGCACUAGCCAUCACCAUGCCAACCAGCAACAGGGGGGGCCCUCAUCAUCCUCAGAGCCUUUGCAGAGCUCAAGGAGUGCCAGCAACAUUGGUGACUGGGGGGUAAGGAGAGGCGGCUCCAGGGAGGAGUACAGUCCAGACUGCGUGGCCUGUAUCCGAGCCCCGUGCCAAAGCCAGAGGUCACUGGACCUGGACACCUCACCACGGGACGGAGGAAAGGCCCGCAAGAAGCUGGAGAGGGGCUACAGCGAGGACAGGACGUCCACUGAGGACAAGGAGGACGGCUCUAAUAGCUGGUUCCCCAAGGAGAACAUGUUCAGCUUCCAGACAGCCACCACCACCAUGCAGGCAAAUUUUCGUAAGCACCUCAGGAUGGUUGGCAGUCGCAGGGUGAAGGUUCAAACCUUCGUCGACCGCCGAGCCAAGAGCUUCAGCCGCUCAUGGAGUGAUCCCACCCCCGUCAAGCCCGAGUCUAUUCAUGACUCCAGAGACAGUGGCGAGCUUCAGACCUCCUCAGGGACUCUAGAUGAAGGCCUUGAUGAGGAUGCUGACUGGGAGGAGGAGAGGGAUCUGGAGAGGGCGGCCUGCGAAGAAGACGAUUUCAUCCCACCGAAAAUCAUGCUCAUAUCCUCCAAGGUACCGAAGGCCGAGUAUGUUCCCAACAUCAUCCGCAGGGACGACCCCUCCAUCAUCCCUAUUCUAUAUGACCACGAGCACGCCACCUUCGACGACAUCCUUGAAGAGAUAGAGAAGAAGCUGACAGCCUACAGGAAGGGCUGCCGGAUCUGGAACAUGCUUAUUUUCUGCCAGGGGGGUCCGGGACAUCUCUACCUGCUGAAGAAUAAAGUGGCCACCUUUGCCAAGGUGGAGAAGGAGGAAGACAUGGUGCAGUUCUGGCGCCGCCUCAGCAGGCUGAUGAGCAAACUGAACCCGGAGCCCAACCUGAUCCACAUCAUGGGUUGUUAUGUGCUGGGAAGCGCAAACGGAGAGAAGCUUAUCCAGACUUUGAAGAGGCUGAUGAGGCCGUUGUCUGUUGAGUUCAAGUCUCCUCUAGAGCUGUCAGCCCAAGGCAAAGAGAUGAUCGAGAUGUACUUCGACUUCCGCCUGUACCGCCUUUGGAAAAGCCGCCAGCACUCCAAGUUGUUGGACUAUGAUGACCUCUUGUGACCUCAGCGAUUCAACUUUGGGCUUGUCAGCCGGCUAUAGCGAUUCUGAGCCUACUGUUACACGGUGACAGGGCGUUUGGAUCCCGGGGGGCCCCUGCCCUCUUGGUUGGCCCCACGAGCCACUUGCUCUGCAGCAGAGCUGGAGCAGCAGCAGCAGGGUGUUUUUUGUUUGUUUGCUUUAUUCUCUAGAACCUUCCGAAAAGGCAGAAUGUGGCCUGGUGGAAACACCCAGCGGCUCUUUUUUUUUUUUUUUUUUUAACUCUUUACCUAUUUUCACCGUCUGCCUGACUCUGGGGGAUCAGAGGAGGAAGCGGACAGGAACCGGACAGGAAGCAAGAGGAGCAGCGAACGUAAAUGUGUCAGUGAUGCUGAAAGACUGACAGCAGACAACAGAAAGAUCUCCAUGUACACUUUAGAGCAAACCUUUUUUUCCCCUUGUCUUGCCUUUAGUAAAACUACUCAGCUCUUUUAAGACGGAGACUUUUAAGAAAAAUAUGUAGUCGUUCUUUUUCACACGAUGAAGCUUUUUACUGAAGGAAGUAGAGCUUAUAUGUAAAUAAGUCAUCAAAGCAUCUUAAAAAUAGGUUUUCAACCUCUCUGUGGCAUCGCGUUAAGAAACAGCUUUUAUUCGUACAAUACAUUUAGAUUUACAAAUUGAAUAAGCUGAAGCUUUUUUUCUGGAGCCGAAACCUCCAGGUAAACAUGUUAGUAUUUCGUACAGACUGUUGUAUGAACUCAGGUGAAAUCUCUUAGACUUACUGUACAACUAACUGUAGAUCAGAAGUUGAAGGCCUUUUAUAAGCCACACAUCCUCAGUGGGACGUCACGUCCUUUCUGCAGCGCAGAGACUUUUUGCUUGGCGUUCUCACGGAGUCGGCAGUAGCUGAACACGUAGAUGCACUCGUGCAUGUUUGUGUGCCUGGCGGCGAUGUGCGGUAGUCAAACCCGCUGAGGCAGUUUUAGCUGCUCUUUCUUGAAAUGCUGGCGCACAGGUGCCUUUUUCUUACCACCUGUGUGUGUUUUAGCUGCAUGUGUUGUGCUCAAAGCGUGUUUCCCUUGGUAGCCUGUGAAGAUCUGCAGGUAGACAACCUUCAUAUGAAGUAGGUGAUGCAUAGACUUAUUUGUAUAUUUAGUUUAUUUUCAAUAUUUUUAGUAGUUUUUCAAAUGAUUAUUGUUAUUAUUUUUUUAAGAUUUAUCUUAGAUCUUACAAAGUAGCAAUGAUUAGUAAAGGCAAUACUUACUUUCUUCCUUUUUGUGUUGUUUUUUUAUUGGAGCGUUUUGAGCUGUUUGACAGAAAUACAGAAGGAUUUAAAAGGCGCCCUCUGGUGGUUCAGUGUUGCUCCCCAGAGUUGGACUUUAACAUUCAUGGUAUUUCUUGGUGUCUUAUGAUGAGACUGGAGAUUUAUUGUUGUAUCAUAUCUUUGAGCAGAAAUGCCACUUUUUCUGGCAUUUUUCAAACAAAUACAUAAAAACUCAAAUGUAUAAAAUUUAAAACAUUAGCUAAUCAUUUGAAAGCAAGCAUCAGCCAUGAUUAUUGCUGCUUCAGUGACAUCACAGAUUAAUACAUUACUGCAGGUAUGAGUUCUGCUGUCUGUAAUUAUGUUUAGGUGUUUUAAUGUUUGCUACAUAGACACUCGUGUAAAGAAUGCUAAACACUCUGGUCAAAUCAGUUGGAGAUCUGGGCUUGUCAAAGUUGAACAUUAAUUUCAGUCGCGUUGGUUGAGAUUAAAGGUGACACAGCAGGCUAUUUAAAAGAAUUUUGUGAUUCUUUUAAAAUUGAUUGAUUCUGCUGGUGUCUUUGCUCAAGCUCAGUUCCUGCGGCUCUGGAGCCACAAGGAACUAGGGAUGCACCUAUGAUGAAGUUUGGGAUGAUACUGAUAUCCGAUAUUAAUAUUGGAAAUAUAAAUAUAUAUAUUUCACUAUCCCUUCAACACUUUGAAAGAAAUGACCACAGCGCUGACUUAACUUCAGCUUAACUCCACACAAUCCUUCACUGCAUGACUGUCUCUGUCACAUGUCCAAAUAAAUGCUACAUGAUUGGCUUCCAGAAACCAUAGGCAAAAAGAUGGAGACAAACAUGAGUUGUUAAUAUUGGUACAGUUUUACAUAUCAGACUCAUGUCAAUAUGUAAAAAAAAUUCAAAAACAUAUUUUUCAUCCCUACUUUGGACUUUCCACAGUGGCUCUUAAUAACUUUGGCUACAGCCGACUACAGUGCACUCCCGCCUAUUAGCAGGUUAGAAUUUACAGAUUUUUCUUUUGAAUAAAACUGCAAAUUAUUCGCAUAUAUUCAUGGAUUUUUUUUUUUUUCCUCAAGCAUAUCUGAAAUAUUCUAAAGAAAGUGCAGGUUGGGAAGCUUAAAGACCAUGGCUAUUUGACACGCUGUUGGCUAGCAUUUGCAAAGCAGCCAGUCCAGAAGCACCUUUCAUUUUCCUGGGUGUUGAUUGGUCGACCCCUCAAGGUGGUAGAGGAGGAAGAAUGUAGAUAUUAACUUUUGCGGUUGUGCUAAAAUGGUUUCUGCUGUUCAUAUUUAUGUAUAUUAAGGUAUAUCUGGCGUUUUAAUUAUUAUGUUAUGCAGUUACAUUUGCUUUUAGAGGGACAAUAAUGUAUUUGUGGAUUUUAUCUAUUCCUGGGUAGCUGUGGCCACUAACCCCCACAAAUACUGAUGGUCCACUUUUGUGUUUUUAACUAUAGACAUUAUAACAAAUGUAGAUGUUGGCAGUUUUUCAGUUUUUUUUAUUGAAAAAUGUUGAAUUUUCACAACAGAAUGAUAAAAGCAUAAUUUAUCUUCAGAUCUAAUUUUCUUGUCAUGAGGUUUCUACAAAUAUUACCACAUUGAAGAAAAUGUAUUUGUCCUCUAUUCCCAAAGUAUUAUGUUUUAUUUAUUUGUAUUUAAUUUAAUUUUAAAGAUCUAUAAUAGAAAUAAAUUGAUGGUUCUGCAAAAAUUAGAAUGUUCUUUUGGGAGAUGUUUUGUGGUUCUAAACUGGUUUACAUCAAUGGACUGAAGACUCUGCUCAAGACCUUUUGAGGUUUUCAGAUGUCUUUAGAAUGACUGCAGAUAUUUAGAGUGAUUUGUGAUUUACCCACAGGGAGUUAUAUCAUUGAAAUAACACUAAAUAUCUUCCACUGUCAAUUUGAUCAGAAAUCAUGUUGGAUUAGAACCACAAUCAGUAGAAAUAAGAUGUGACAUAAAUAAAUAGUUGUAAUAAUUUGAAAGUAGUGGGAACAAACUGGUGAAGGAGUGACUCUGAAACAAAGUAUUUCAACGUUGCAUUCUGUUGUGAUUCUUAAUGUGUUGAAAUGUGCUUCGUGCACCAAGUAGUUACUAUUGUCAGCUGUUCUCUUUACAAAGAAACUUUUUGGAGUCAAGUAAGCAGUCGAUGUUAUGCCUGGUGUAGUUCCUGGUUUGUUUUCAUAAUGACACACUUACGAGGAACUUUUUUGAAAAUUAGAAAUGAAAAGAAAACAAAAAAAAGAUGUUCAUAAGAAAACAGCCUGAUGGGAAAUAGUAUGAAAACAUGAGAGUUUGUCUUUCUUUCACACCGAAGCCCUUCCUGUGCCUUCCUCUGAUGACUUUGUGUAUGACAUCGUGAAAAAGCAGAGGACAGCUUGAUUUCGUCCUAUCAGGUCUAUUAGUCCAUACAUACCUGCACACCUCAUCAGAUCGGUAGCUCCAGGUGCAAAAAGACAUCUGUGUACUACAUGUUUACCAAAACCACAAUAAAGAUGACAUUUUUAAAAACACACUGCUGUGUGAAACAAUGUUGCUGGGCUCCCUGCAUCAGCAGCAAUGGCAGUCGAACCUCCAUCUAAACAACAAGCUGCCUCAGUGUUGAGGUUUCUACAAAUUUGCUGAUUUGAAACUUCUACUUAAUUGGAGAAUUUUAAAGCUGCCGGUGCCUGUACUGAAUAACCAUGGAGUCAUAGAGGAUGAUUGACAUUUACAUCGCUUUGUAGGAAGGUUCUGCUGAGCUGGCCCUGUCCUCCAUUAUAUUUACCCUCCACUUCCCCUCUGAAAGUCUGCAGCUCCAUACCAAAUAUGUCCUCACAAAGAUACAAAAGGAGGGGAAGCAGCUUGAGACGUUUUUUGAGGUCUUUUUUUCUAUUAUUAUGAUUAUUUUUACCUCCUUCUUCUCAGCUCUGUCAGAGAGUUGAGAAAUGCAGAGUAUGUCACAUUGUUUUGGAGGAAGGGGUGUGAUUCCUCCUGACUUCACAUCCAUCUUUCUCAGCGCUCAAUAAAAGCGCCAGCGUCACGGUCUGGCUGUGAUCCUUCAAGUGUUUUCUGUGUUGUUCACCUUUGAGGCAAUACGCCGUCUGAUGAUAUUUCUGUGUGAAUUUGUUCACUUCUUUAUUUGUAUGCGUAAGAUAAGGACCACUGUUCGCACUAUUGUGUUAUUCUGUGAUAUCUUUGGAGGAUGUUGUUUUUGUAAACACGGCGCUGCCGUCGCAGAGCAGAAACAGCCCAGGGAGAGCGCCGCGCUCACUGCAUGGCUCCUUUACAUUCUGCUGCAAUUCCCCGCUGCACCAAACGCUGCACUAGCCAUGCUGCUUUCUCUGUUUUUUGGAGGGGUUUUUUUCUCUUCAUGCUGUCUUUGACUAAAGGUCAGAUCCUGGAAAAUAAUUGCACACUUUCUCAUUUCUCCAACCGUUGAAAAGAAAAGUUGUUGGUUGUGACCGGGUGGUCUAUUAGCUGCAGCUCAGCAACAGUUUUAUGAGAGUCAAAUGACAUUGUAUUCGUUUAUUUAUUCUAGUCUGUGCUCUGAUUAUCACAUCAUCCACUCACUAUUCUGUUGUCCACACAUGAUGUAAACCCCUUGCAAACAUUAAUUUGAAAGCAGGUUUCUAUUAAACAAUAGUCCAUUCUUGGAUCCAGUUUGAUAUUUUGAAAGUUUAACGAUGUUUAAAACAGCCACAAACUGUAGGGGAGGAAGUUUGUUACAAGCACACAUUGGUAAUUGAUAUCAAAAUGUACAAGUUAUACAAAAUAUUUAUAAGCAUGUCUCUCAGGUACAAAUAUUGUGAUACAAACAGUGCUGUGAGGAGUAUUUGCUCCCUUACAUAUUUUUUUUUGCUGUUGCUAUUUUGUCAUCACUUAAAUGUUUCUGAUCAUGGAAUAAGUUUUAAUAUCAGACAGAGAUUACAUGAAUGAAUACAAAAAGUUGUUUCCAAAUUAUUAUUUUUGAUGUCAAAAAAAAAAAAAAACCUGGAUCACGCAACCUGGUCUCAUGUGAAAACAUAUUUGUUCUUCAUAAAAUACCAACAUAAUAAACCACAAUAUCAGGCCAGUUUCACCCACUACUCCCUGAGCCUAUCAGUUGCCGAACCAAAAGAAUCUAGAAUCUGACAAUAUGGAGACGGGAAAGAGGUCUCAAAAAGCAACAUUUGUCUUUUAUGGGGAUAUCUGUCUGUACUCUUACAUCCGGUGUAAAACUAACAGCAUUUCAGUAAACAUAACAUUGUGCCAGCAGUUCUCAGUGAUGUGAAAGACUCACUGCCAGUUGGCAAAUGUUCGAUGCUGUUGUCGUAGCCAGAGCCAAAACAACCAUUAGGUUUAGGGGACAACAUGGUUUUAUACAGGGCCGUGUUCAUCUCAUAUUUUUCUUUAAAGUUUGUAACAUUUGUAACUUUGAUAAAUGACAUGUUUUUAACGUAUUAGUGAACUACCACCAUGUCUUGACAAUAUAUUUGUGAGAAUCUGAGAAAAACCCAGCUCCUCCUCUGGUUUUACAGUCAAUGUAAAAAUCGUACACACUGUCAGAAACAACCAAUCAGAGCCAGCAGGAAGGUCUUAGCGCUGUCAAUCAUCCUGGUGUAUGCACAGCGCACACCCUCCCACUAGCUCUGUGCUAGGCUAUACCUAAUUCCCCAGACUGCAAAAUCAAAAUCAAAUCAAAUUUUAUUUGUAUAGCACAUUUCAGCAACAAGGCAUUUCAAAGUGCUUUACAUCAAAAACACAAAACACAAAGUCAUGCAACAUAGAAUAAAGACUAGCCUCAGUCCGGUUCUUCACUUAGGAUUCUAAUUCCGAGGUCAGAAAGUUUUACUCACAGAGAGAGAUGAGCACCACUCACUCUUGCAUGCACACACACACAACAGCAAUGACACAGCAAUAAACAACAAACAAUUUUCUAUCAGUGUGAGGAUUCUUCCUUAUGGGAAGUCCUCAUAAAAAGAGGGGCUCUAAAAACACCUCUCUUGUAGAUUUUAGUUGAACCAACUAGGAUUCUACACCCUCUGGGAAUUUAGUCAAGUUGUUCUGACAAGGCCUCCAACCUGGGAAUUUAGCUGAGAAGUAUCAGCCGUGCCUCCAACCCUUUGGUACUUUAGUCAAAAUACUAUUUGACAAGGACUCCAACCUAGGAAUUUAGCUGAGAAAUAUCAGCUGGGUCUCCAACCCUUUGGAAUUUAGUCAAGUUGUUCUGACAAGGCCUCCAACCUGGGAAUUUAGCUGAGAAGUAUCAGCUGGGCCUCCAACACUUUAGAAUUUUGCUGAGGAGUAUCAGCUGGGCCUCCAACCCUUUGGAAUUUAGUCAAGUUGUUCUGACAAGGACUCCAACCUGGGAAUUUCGCUGAGAAGUAUCAGCUGGGCCUCCAACCCUUUGGUACUUUAGUCAAAAUACUAUUUGACAAGGACUCCAACCCACCGGGAGUUCUCAAGCUAGUUUGUAUAAUUAUCAAUGCCAGUUUUCUUGGAACACUAAGUUGUUUAUCCAUCAUCAGCACAUGGAGCAGCAUGUAGACAACCUUAAUGACAGCGCUAAGACCCUUUACCUGGCUCUGAUUGGUUGUUUCUGAUUGGCGUGUUUCUGCAGAUUGUCAUUAGGAGCACUGGGAGGAAGUGGAGGCAAUCUUUUUUUUGUUUCAUGCCACAGCAUGAUGAAGGUUUUCUAAACGAUGUGAAAAACAUAUCGUUUAUAGAACUUACAUAGCAUGGGAAACAGCUUUUUAUAUUUACUCUUAUUAUUUCUGAUGUAAAAAAUUGUUUGAUCAUGCGCAAACCUCUAAGUGUUACAAAAACAAGUAAAGCUAGAAUGAAUGUUUUGAGGGGGGCGGUGAGUUUUUCACAAGAGGCUUUGAGAAAAGCAGCUGCUGUUUGUUUAAAGGAGCCAAGCAGAGAGCCCUGCUGAAGAGCUCCAGCAAUCUUCCCCGGGAAACAGAGGACUACCCUCAAGCAUGAAAAACAUAACUCAGAUGUCAAGAGGCUCUGCAUUCAUAUGGGCACAAAUCUGUUGCAGAAAAGCUGACUGCAACAGAUCUGUGCUUCAACGUCACACACACCUUGCUCACUGGAGCAGCCAUUUUCCAUUUCCUGAGAACAUAAUUGCACGAAUCAAAUCAUUUGUCUCUGCUGCUCCUCUCCUGUUGUUUUGUUAUUAAGAACGGACGACAGAUUAAAUUAUUAACGAGCAUUGUUGGGUCUUCUCCGCUGCUUCCUGCUGGCUGGCUCCCAUGAAGAUUGCCGGGGCUCAGCUGGGAGCCUGAUUGGGUUUGAUGAGGGUGAUGGAUGGAUGGACGGACGGACGGAUGGAUGGAUGCUUAGAAAGCUCUACGACCUCCAGUCGGGCUCUGAUUGUAUUUUGGGGAACAAUCGAAAAUAAUGUGCUUAUGUAACGUUAUUUUUGAUUUUCAUCAACUUCAAACUGAGCAUUAUAUUUUAGAAGGUUAGGGUAGAGAGAGUAGGAGUGAUAAAUGUCGUAAAAGGGUAAAAGCAUUCAACUGUACUGGUAGAAAUCGUGCUUAUUGUGAACGGGAUCAUAGGGAUUAACAUUACUGCAUAUUUGGUGAUUUUGAUACUAAUAAAGUUUAUCUGUAUACUA